CUAAUAUUACGUUAUUAGCUGUUUCCUAGGCAUGCUGACGAGCCCUGAUAUUGGGCGAAACAGUCUUAAAAUAUAUGAAUUUAAACCGUUGUUUUUAUUUUUCCUACACUUUUUUGCAACCCUUUACAAGAUUGUUUGUUAUUUUGCUGUCCAUUCGAAACAAAAAACGUCUCUAACAGAGCUAAUAAUUUGGACAUUAAUUAGGCCGUUUAUAGUGCGUAGAGGCUCAAAAUAGCGAAAGUUUAAUGAGACGUAUGUUAAUCAAAUUUCUAAUUUUGCCUUACCGAACACUAUUACCUUAGAACGCUUGAAAAAACGAAACUAAGAAAGAUAAGUUUUUACAAUGUUUAAUCGAGAUUAUCAAAACAGGAAAGUGGUAUAUUUUAAACGAGCCCUGAAAACAUGAUUGCUUAAGACAUAAACAUUCCACACUUAAAACACUUUAGGAAAUUCAAAAACGAAUUAACGGUUAAUGCAGAUUGUGAUAUUUUGCUAAAAGGAAACCACAUUGUUUUACCAAAAACAUUACAAAAAGUCGCUGUCUUGCUAGCCCAUGCAGUUCAUCUUGGCGUAACAAAAACGAAAGCCUCGCUGAGAACAAAAUCAUAUUUCGUAGGAAUAGAUAAAUUGAUUAAAGAACGAAUCGAACACUGCAUUUCUUGUCAAUCUACACCAAGUAAAAAAUCUAAAGAACCGAUAAUUACUUCACCUAUACCAUCCCAUGUUUGGCAUACUGUCCACGUCGAUUUUUUAGGCCCACUUCCAAAUGGGUAUUCCGUUUUAGUAUUUAUGGACGACAAGUCAAAAAUUCCUGAAAUAGGUUACCUAAGAGACACAUCUGCAAAAUAAGUAAUUGAUAUUUUUGAAAAAACCUUUUCAGCGUUUGGUUACCCAGUGAAAAUUGUUUUUGAUAACGGGCCACCGUUUACGUCCUACAAAAUUCGACAAUACAUGAAACAAAAAGGUAUAAAACACAGAAGAAUUUCAGCUUAUUGGCUACAUGCUAAUGGCCAAGUAGAACGUUUUAUCAUCCCCUUAGCUAAAAUAAUCAGAGCCGCAAACAAAUUGGAAAUUAGCUUGCUAUAAUUUUAUUUUGUCAUAUCGCACCAACCCUCAUUUUAGCACUAAUACUCCACCAGCAGAUAUGAUGUUUAAUCGUAAAAUACUAUAACAAUUCCUGACUGGGUGAUCACGGGCUCGUAAAGCAACCAUACUAGAAAAAACUUACAAGUUUAUUUAAACCUGAUCCUUACAUUAUUACAGCUAAGAAUUUCUCCAUGAUUACCGCUACGAACCCUCGCACCAACCAUUCGACCACUCGCAAUAGCAGUCAUUUCAAACAAUUUCCCUCAAAUGCAUCGAAACCAUUUUAUUUAACGAGGUAAGAUGAUGAUGAAAUCUACAUAGAUAAACAAAGGGAACAUCUUGAAAAUCAAGACAAUCUUCAAAAUACAGAAUCUUCACAACCAAGUACAUCACCGCUUCAACGAAAGCAAUACCCUAAACGUCACCGCAGUCCACCGCAUGAAUGGAAGUAUAAGCAUUAAACACAUAAAGCGCAUAGACAUGUAUAUAGUUUACACGCAGACAUAGUUUUAGUUACUCAACCUAUUUAGACAUUGAUACUGCACAAAGUACUUUUAUAUUUUUAGGAACAUUCCGAUAAAAAACGGAGAAGAUGUUGUAUCGUGUAACUUGGUUCACACAAAUAGUAUGACGUGCAUCUUGGCGAAGACAAAGAUGAUGAAAUACACAUGACAUAACUGGCUUUGUCGCAUCGUUUUCACCCAUCAAACAAAACCAACAGAAAACCCGUGAUUACUUUUUCAUUUUCAUCAAAAGUGGUCCUACGGACUUCAAGAAAAUUUUGGUUAGCAACCACAAAAAUAUCAAAAUCAUUAGACAGAAAAUAUUUGAUGCUUUUCAUGACAAAACUCCAAUAUUACUUGCGAAACUUGUACCUAGCAAAGAUCUUUUCUUCUUCAAUGCAUACUCGGUCAUCUCACCAGCAUCAGAUGCCAUUGGCUUUGAUUUUAACGAUGCUGAUGCAGUGCGUUUAGCUGAUAUAGAUGAUGAUGGUUUAGUGACAUCAGUGGUUGGUCAAAUAAAAUUCACUUCAGAAGAAACAUGUCAAGUGUACACGAAGCAGGGUAAAAAUCGCCAGGAUAGAAUGAGAGAGGGCAUCUUUAGUGAUGGUACGAGAACAUUGAAGAUCACUAUUUGGGCUGAUUUAUUGGAAAUUGUUAAGGAAUUCCAAUUGAUUCAAAUAGCAAAUGCGUCAACCAAGACCUUCUAUGAAGAGCUGGUUCUUACAACCAAUUAUUCGACAAUCAUUUGCUUUUUAACAGAAGCGUUGGAUGUACAAUUUGAUGAGUCUGUAGCGCAAAAAGAUUCUACAGCAACACCGCCUAAGGAAAUGAUCGUAUGUUGUCCCGUUAUUGAGUUUAUUGUCGUGAAAACCUUCUUACAAUGCAAAAUAUGUAAGGGAAAAGUAGAUAUUCGUCUAGGAACUGGUUUGGCAACCUGCACCAAUGUUCACUGUGGUCGAGAUUUCUCAGUCACUCAUUUAAAGCAGCAACCGAACUGCUGCCAAAUAUGUGUUGUUUUGGAUAUGCGUAACGAAUAUGUUGCUUUAACCGUAACUGCUUACAGAGAAGUCCUUCAAGAAUAUUUCGGCGAAGAAAUUGCGGAUGAGGUGAAACUGCGAUCCGAUUUGUUGAAUCUCACAGAUGUUGAUUUUGUUAUCACCAAAGGUCAAAAAGUUAGCAAAAUGACCAUGCAUAAAAAAUGAACUAUUCGAAGAUGAUUCCACUAUGGCUUUUUUUUUUUGUACUACUUGUGUUAUUAUUACCGUAGGACUGUGAAAACUGCUUAUUUCAUGCUAUAUAUGUACCAAUUUGUCAGUUGUAGAAAUUGAGCUGAUUUAAGAGAUCAUGAUCCAACACUUCGUUUCUCGUUAAUUUUCUAUUACAGCUUUUAUAUGAAAACUCUUUUUAUAUCAUGUUGAUAGCUGGUCUAACACAUAAAGAUCAAACACUUUUUUGCUCUCUAUUUUUUGUUAUUAUUUUGAUAGGUAUGUGACUUUUCUUUAUUUUCACAUUGUAAAUAUUUACUUUAAAAACAAAAAGUACGUUUGGUUUUGUUAUACCAUGCUUCGUCAAUUUCCAAUGCUGAAAAGUAACUACGCAAUGUGGCCUCUUCCCGCGCAUUAUAUUCUGUUUUUUCAUGGCCAAAAAUUUUCCAAUGAAAAGUUAACCUGCCCUAGCCGUACUGAACGAUGGAAAAAUGAAUUUCGCGGUAUUGCAAAUUGGUCACCUAUCGUAGCGUACCACUUUUCCAACUGCUGCGCAUAUGCAAGC